UGCACAGCAGGACCGCUCGUGUAUUGUACAAGGCACAACAUACCUGACUCCUGGAGUAACACAAACAAGGAGCCAGGAUUUGACAGAAGUAGAGUCCUUUCUUCUCAUUACUGAUCUCUCGUCGAUUCGGAUUCAGCGAUGUGAUAUUGUGGGUGGGGUAUCGUCCCCUUGCUCUCGUCUUAUUUGAAAAGGCGACUGGGGAAGAAGCAUGGGGAAUCAGGUUGAAAAAUUGACUCAUUUAAGUUACGAGGAAGUUCCAACCGCGGAUCCGAACGGCUUUGACACCGAGGAGGACGGUCCACGCAUCGGGGUGUCUUAUAUUUUCUCAACCGACGAUGACGAGCUCGAUGAUAACGGGGGAAUAGACAAGGACCAAAACCAGGAGGAGCAGCACUACGACAAGCGCAACGAGAUCGAGUGCGCAGUGUUCAGACGAGACGAAUGCAUUUAUGAGAAAAGCUCCAAGGCGGUUGACAUGGGUACGUAUUCUCCCGAGAAUCUGUUGAAUAAGUGCAAGCCAGGUGACUUGGUGGAGUUCGUGGCAACCGGCCAAUAUCCCCACUGGGCUGUGUACGUGGGAGACUUUCAGGUUGUUCAUCUGCACAGAGCCGAGGUAAAGAACAGCUUUUUGACCGAUGCCAGUCAAGGUAGAAGGGGUAGGAUUGUGAACGAUCUGUAUAAAUUAAAACCGCUGAACCCUGACGUGGUGGUGCAGAGUGCCCUGGAACAAGUCGGAGUGAAAGAGCGGGAGCUGAGUUGGAGAAACUCGGAAUGUUUUGCCGCUUGGUGUAAAUUUGGAAAGCGCGAGUUCAAAAUCGGGGGCGAGAUAAGAAUCGGAAAGCAGCCUUACAGGUUGAAAAUACAACUGUCUGAGAAAAAGAACCACGUCCUGGAAUUUCAGAGUCUGGAGGACUUGAUCAUGGAAAGGAGGCGAAAUGAUCAGAUUGGAAGGGCUGUCGUGAUCCACGAGCUAGCGAACCAUCUCAACUGCGUGGAGGAAAUCAGAAACGAACACCUUGCCAACUGAUGGAAUCGAAGUGUUGUGCAACGUGAUGUUUAAUAACGAACUUUCUGGACCGUUCUUACCAAAUCAUACCCCAGAUGCGCGUAAAUGUUUGUAUUUGUACAGAAGCAAUUUUGUACUUUGCUUAAAUGAACCGCUGAACGUCAUGCGUAAUGCUGGUAACUGGCCUUAUAAUGCUGUAAGCAAGCAUUUAUAAAUAUUCAUAGCACCUUAUGAUAACAGACAAAAGAUUGGAAUAGUUAUGUUAUGAAGGCAUUAUGUAGCAUUUACUGUACAAAGGUGCCAUUUUUGGUACUUCAUGUAAAGCACUACCAAAUCUCACCCUUGUACUUUGUGUCCUACAGGCCUACAGUAUUUUUUUCUCCUUUAUUACGUUUUACAUCACAAUUUCCUUUUUUGUACUGUCUAGCAUCACAGCUUC